AUGACCUUGAGGAGUGACAAGGAAGUUCAAAGACUCGAACCCGUGAUUCCUAAAAACAAGGACGAGAAACGGAUCGAGAAAGAAUUAGAAGAGGAGGGCAGAGACAACAAAAAUGCAAAGGUACCCUCGAACCCAAUUCCUACAGUUAAAACUAAUCCACCUCCCUUUUCUAGCAGGUUAGAGAAACCAAAGAAGCAAGACAAGGAAAAAAAGGUUCUGGAGAUCUUUCGCAAGGUGGAGAUCAACAUACCCUUAUUGGAUGCGAUUAAACAAGUAUCCAGGUACGCAAAAUUUUUGAGGGACCUGUGUGCCAACCGCAAGCGGUUGAAGGGGGAUGAACGAGUUAUAGUUGGGGAGAAUGUUUCAGCAAUUCUACAAAGGAAACUUCCACCGAAAUGCGGGGACCCAAGCCCUUUGAAAGAGACUGGAAUAAUAAUCCAACUAGCUGACAGGACCAAUGCAUACCCUGACGGGUUGAUUGAAGAUGUUUUGGCACCUGUCUUGGAACUGAAACCGCUGCCGAAACACCUGAAGUAUGCAUACUUGGGUGAAGGGAAGACACUUCCAGUGAUCAUCUCCGCGGGUUUAUCAAAGAUUCAAGAAGAUAAACUACUUCGAGUUCUCAGAGAACAUAAGCAGGCGAUAGGAUGGACCAUCGCCGAUAUCAAGGGAAUUAGCCCCGCGGUGUGUAUGCACCAAAUUCGACUCGAGGAGAAUGCUAAACCCAUACGGCAAGCUCAACGGAGAUUAAAUCCUCUCAUGAUGGAGGUAGUGAAGAAAGAGAUCCUGAAACUAUUGGACAUUGAAAUUAUAUUUGCAAUAUCAGAUAGUCCGUGGAUAAGUCCAGUACAGGUGGUCCCAAAAAAGGCAGGGGUGACGGUAGAACCAAACCAAGAGGGAGAGUUCGUACCAGUUCGAAAGCCCACCGGAUGGCGACAGUGUAUCGAUUACCGGAAGCUAAACACCGUCACGAAAAAGGAUCAUUUCCCCCUCCCUUUCAUUGAUCAGAUGGUAGAGCGAUUAGCAUGUCGAGCUUACUAUUGUUUCUUGGAUGGAUUUUCAGAUUAUGUUUCAAAGUGGGUAGAAGCAAAGGCCACCCGCACUAAUGAUUUCAAAGUGGUUGCAGAAUUCGUUAAGUCUAAUAUUUUUGUCCGCUUUGGGAUGCUGCGAGCAAUUGUAAGUGAUCGGGGUACUCAUUUCUGUAACAAGAUGAUUGCUGCAGUUUUUAGGAGAUACGGUGUCUUGCACAAAGUCUCUACAUCCUACCAUUCUCAGACAAAUGGUCAGGCGGAAGCAUCGAAUUGA